UUCAAAGACCUUCUUAAGUCUUUGAAACAACAAUAUGGUUAUGCCCAAGUUUAGAGUGACGGUGGCGAUACUGGUGGUGGCCCUCACCGCAUUGGCUGCGGAGAAAGCGGAGGGAGCUCGAGCUUUCUUCGUGUUUGGGGACUCACUGGUUGACAGUGGCAACAACAACUACUUGGCCACCCCGGCGCGUGCCGACUCUCCUCCCUACGGCAUUGACUAUCCCACCCAUCGACCCACGGGUCGCUUCUCUAAUGGCUUCAACCUCCCUGACAUCAUCAGUCAGCGGAUUGGCUCUGAACCCACGUUGCCAUACUUGAGCCCUCAGCUUAGCGGCCAGAAGCUCUUAGUCGGAGCCAACUUUGCUUCCGCAGGGAUAGGAAUUCUCAACGACACAGGCAUCCAAUUUGUCGGCAUCAUAAGGAUUUUCCAGCAAUUUGAACUGUUUCAGCAGUACCAGCAGCGGCUAAGUGGGUUGGUAGGGGCAGCCCGAGCAGAGAAGAUAGUGAAUGGAGCGCUUGUGCUGAUGACACUUGGCGGUAACGACUUCGUCAAUAAUUAUUUCGUCACGCCUGUCACUGUGAGGUCCCGCCAAUUCACCGUCCCUCAGUUCUCGCGCUACCUCAUCUCAGAGUACAGAAAAAUCCUCACGAGGUUGUAUGAGUUGGGGGCUCGUAGGGUGCUUGUAACCGGGACAGGUCCACUGGGGUGCGUGCCGUCGCAGCUAGCCCAGAGAAGCAGAAACGGAGAGUGCGUGCCAGAGUUGCAACGAGCUGCUCAGAUCUUCAAUCCAUUGCUGGUUCAAAUGACCCAAGAGCUCAAUGCCCAAGUGGGGUCUGAUGUGUUCGUCACUGUCAAUGCCUUUCAAAUGAACAUGGACUUCAUCACCAACCCUCAAAGAUUUGGUUUUGUGACAUCCAAGGUCGCAUGUUGUGGUCAAGGAGCGUACAAUGGGGUGGGACAGUGCAACCCAUUGUCCAACCUCUGCCCAAACAGAGAUAUCUAUGCCUUUUGGGACGCUUUCCAUCCAACCCAACGUGCUCUGGGCUUCAUAGUGCAGCAAAUCUUGAGCGGACCUACUCAGUAUAUGAGUCCUAUGAACCUCACCACCAUCAUGGCCUUGGACUCCACCAUCUAAUUCUCCUAGUAUCGGCAUAUCCCAACCUUGUUAAAUGUUUUAUAUAUAUAUAUAUAUAUAUAUAUAUGUAAUAGAGGGAGAAUUGCAAUAAAGCCUGUAAGGAAAAACAUAAUUACUAAAAAGUCUUAAUUACAACUAAACAGUUUGCAAUAACAAGUAAGGUAGAAAAUGACAACUUCUAAUUUGUCAUUGCAACUUUUUAGUUAUUAUUUUCUCUUUUUAAGAUCUUGUUGUAAUUCUCUCAUAUAUAUCCGAUAUUUAAAUGUACCGCUUUCAAUGCUACUAUAUUAAGAUUGGAUCGGUACUAGAUCUAUGGUUAAGCUAUAAUUAAUUGAUUUGCAAGUUAAAACUGGCCA